AUGGAUUCAUCAAAUGUUAAGGUGGUGGUUCGAGUCCGGCCUCUACUACCCAGAGAGGAAGAUAAACCCUUGGUGCUGAUGCCAGAAGAAGAGCCAGGAACAACUAUUCUCACAGUGCCUGAUGGGAAACCACCUAAGAAAUAUGUCUUUGAUGAUUCCAUCUGGUCGUACAAUCCUCUGGAUUCGAACUACGUCGAUAAUGCUGGUUUUUACAGGAAGUCGGGCCCGCAGCUUAUAACCCAUUUCUUCCAAGGAUACAAUGUAUGCCUUCUUGCAUACGGGCAGACUGGGUCUGGGAAAACAUUCACCAUGAUAGGUGACAAGACGAACCCGGGGAUUAUCCCGCUCAUGAUCAAGGAUGUGAUGAGACAUAAGGAAUCCUUGGUGGACCAGAAAAUAGACUGCGAGAUUCUAUUCUCGUACGUGGAGAUCUACAAUGAAAAAGUGAAGGACUUGUUGGACAAUUCCAAACAGUGUCGUGUGAGAGAACACCCAGAAACUGGCCCAUACGUGGAAAAUCUGACUUUGGUACCAUUGAAUUCUUUCGAAGAGUUCUCCACGUACUUGAAUAAAGGAAACAAAAACAGAAUGGUGGCCAGCACAAAAAUGAAUGAAGCCAGUUCACGGUCGCACGCGGUGAUUACAUUCACAUUGAAGCAAAUCCGGUUUGACAAUGAAGAGGGGAGUUCUGCAGUGGGUGAGCCAGUGGAAGAAAUGGUCUCGAACAUUAAGCUUGUGGACUUGGCUGGGUCAGAAAGAUUGUCUAGAACACAGAUGUUUGGCCAAUCCGAGCGAAUAAAAGAAGGAAGCCAGAUCAACAAAUCCUUGACGGUACUAGGCCGCUGUAUCAAUAUACUAGCACAAGGCUCGCGUCUGGUUAUCCCAUUUCGAGACUCUACGUUGACAUAUUUGCUUCGGGAAAAUCUCGCCGGCAACUCCAAAACUGCAAUGGUAUUUUGCAUAUCACCGUGUGAUUUCGAGGAAACACACCAAACGCUCAAUUAUGCCAGUCAGGUGAAGAAAAUCAAAACUAAGGCCAAGGCUAACGAAUCCACAUUGUUAUCAGCUCCUAUAGAUUGGGAAAAGCUUCAAAAUAUGGAGAAGUCAGUCAUUGACACUUUGAAAGAACAAAUCCAACAGCUUACUACAGAACUAAGUGACCUAAAGGCAGGUGCGUCGCAGGAACCUGUGGAAUCAUUGAUCAAAUUUCUCGAACGAGAGAGAGAAAAACAAUCUUUUGAAGUCAAGUACUUGAAGUCUGUUGUCUCUAGUCAACAAUCUCGUAUGGACGAACUCCAGGCUCAGAAUCUGUAUUUACACCAAGAACUUUCUGGCAAUAUAAGAGAUCGCAUACAGUGCGAUAGCGAUAUUCUCCAGAAUGAGUUACGACGCCAACGCGACGAUUGUGCCCUCCACUGGGCAGAAAUUAAACAGCUUCUAAGGGAAUUGGACCCUUCUCAUCUUCAGAUUACCUAA